AUGACCAAAUAUUUUGAUAAGAAGGGUCACCGUCCACACGGAGUCGCGAUAACAUACAGAGACGAGAUGGGCGAGCCGAUCAAAACCAGAUACUUGGAUAUGAUAAUGACGGACCACGACCAAAACUGUGACAGUGUACAGAUUGCAAUCGAGGGGCUAGUCCUGCACAUCAAGAAACGGUUUCCGAAUAAGAAUGUAAUUAUAUUGCAGAGCGACAAUGCCGGAGCAUUCUCAGCAACAGAAAACUUCACGGAGUGUUUGCGGAUAAACAGAAAGUUGAAAGACAUGGGUCAUGAUUUACGUAUCGUACAAUGGCUAUUCACUGAGGCGCAACAGAGUAUGGGCUGGUCAAUGAAUAACAUUACUUGUCCAUUGGACAUCUUCAAGGCAUUAGUGCGCUGGGAUCCCAACAAAAAAGCGGGCACGAGAACGAUUAAGGACACUGCUGUGUUCUUGGUGGGAAGUACAGAUCCUUUCGAGGAGAAGUGUGAAGCAAUGAAAAAGAAGACCACGGUACACGGCGCCCAAGAGAUACCCGAUGUUUUUAUUACUGAAACCGGAAUGAUUAUCCACUCACAAACCGGAAUCCUACCUGUAGUUGUUAUUUAUCCUGACGACAAGGAGCUGCUGCCCUUUGACAUGGAGUCUAUAUAUACUACUGCCACGAUAAAAGAGAAGGGGACAGGAACGAAACAUAUCUUUACUAACGAUACAGAAUCCGCACAAGGCAACAUUCUUGUAGAAGCUGUCUUGAGCUUCUGCAAUGGAUUUCAACUUUGCCGCAGAACGGUGGCGAUCAACAAAAUCAAUUCAAUUUUGAAAUAG